GCGAAGAGCAAGGUGCGAGGGAGGAGGAGGAGGAUGGGAGCGACUAGGCCGCAGCCUUGAAGGAAAAGGAAAGAAGGAAGGGAAGGAAGAAGGAAGGAAGGAAGAAUGGCCGACCCGGCCCCCGCCCGCAGCCUCGACGACAUCGACCUCUCCGCCCUCAGGGAUCCUGCCGGCAUUUUCGAACUGGUGGAAGUGGUGGGCAAUGGCACCUACGGACAGGUCUACAAGGGCCGUCAUGUCAAGACGGGGCAGUUGGCUGCCAUCAAAGUCAUGGACGUCACAGAGGACGAAGAGGAGGAGAUCAAGCAGGAGAUCAACAUGCUGAAGAAGUACUCCCACCACCGCAACAUCGCCACCUACUACGGGGCGUUUGUGAAGAAGAGCCCGCCCGGGAACGACGACCAGCUCUGGCUGGUGAUGGAGUUCUGUGGCGCCGGCUCCGUGACGGACCUGGUGAAGAACACCAAGGGCAACGCCCUCAAGGAGGACUGCAUCGCCUACAUCUGCAGGGAGAUCCUCAGGGGCCUGGCCCAUCUCCAUGCGCACAAGGUGAUCCACCGGGACAUCAAGGGCCAGAACGUCCUCCUCACGGAGAACGCCGAGGUGAAGCUGGUUGAUUUUGGGGUCAGUGCCCAGCUGGACCGGACUGUGGGUCGGAGGAACACCUUCAUUGGCACCCCGUACUGGAUGGCGCCCGAAGUGAUUGCCUGCGAUGAGAACCCCGACGCCACCUACGACUACAGGAGCGAUAUCUGGUCCCUGGGCAUCACCGCCAUUGAGAUGGCAGAAGGAGCGCCACCACUCUGCGACAUGCAUCCCAUGCGGGCGCUCUUCCUCAUCCCCCGGAACCCCCCGCCCAAGCUGAAGUCCAAGAAAUGGUCCAAGAAGUUCAUCGACUUCAUUGACAACUGCCUGAUCAAGGCCUACACCAGCCGGCCCUCAACGGAGCAGCUCCUCAAGUUCCCCUUCAUCCGGGACCAGCCCACGGAGCGGCAGGUCCGCAUCCAGCUCAAGGACCACAUUGACCGCACCCGGAAGAAGAGGGGGGAGAAAGAUGAGACGGAGUACGAAUACAGCGGCAGCGAGGAGGAGGACGAGGGGCGCGGCGAGGAAGGGGAGCCCAGCUCCAUCAUGAACGUCCCGGGGGAGUCCACGCUGCGGAGGGAGUUCCUGCGCCUGCAGCAGGAGAACAAGAGCAACUCGGAGGCCCUGAAGCAGCAGCAGCAGCAGUUGGCCGCCCAGCACCGCGACUCCGAGGCCCACAUCAAGCACCUCCUGCACCAGCGACAGAGGCGCAUCGAGGAGCAGAAGGAGGAGCGCCGCCGCGUCGAGGAGCAACAGCGCCGGGAGCGAGAGCAGCGGAAGAUGCAGGAGAAGGAGCAGCAGCGGCGCCUGGAGGACAUGCAGGUCAUGCGCCGCGAGGAGGAGCGCCGCCAGGCCGAGAGGGAGCAGGAGUAUAUCAGGCACAAGUUGGAGGAGGAGCAGAGGCAGCUGGAGAUCCUGCAGCAGCAGCUCCUCCAGGAACAAGCCCUCCUUCUGGAGUACAAGCGGAAGCAGCUGGAGGAGCAGCGGCAGUCGGAGCGCCUCCAGCGCCAGCUCCAGCAGGAACACGCCUAUCUCAAGUCCCUGCAGCAGCAGCAGCAGCAACAACAGCAACAACAACAACAACAACAGCUUCACAAGCAGCAGCAGCAGGAGAAGAAGCCCCUUUAUCACUACAACCGCAGCGCCAACCCCGCAGAGAAGCCCACCUGGGCACGAGAGGUGGAGGAGCGGACGCGCAUGAACAAGCAGAACGCGGCCUCCCCGGUGGCCAAGACCAAGCUGGGGGCCUCGGAGAGCGCUGCCCCCCCUUCGUCCCGCGCGGAGUCCGUGUCGCUCAACUCCUCCCCGGCCUCCCAGACCCCUCCCAUGCAGCGCCCCGUUGAGCCCCAGGAGGGGCAGCACAAGAGCCACCUGGCCCACCGCGUCCCGCUCAAGCCCUACGCCGCCCCCGUCCCUCGCUCCCAGUCGCUGCAGGACCAGCCCACCAAGAACAUGGCCGCUUUCCCUGUCCAUGACUCCUCCUCCUCCGCCUCCUCCGCCUCCUCCUCCUCCGCCCCCUCCCCGCCUCGGGCGGCCAUGAUCCGGCAGAACUCCGACCCCACCUCCGAGGGGCCCGCCCCGCAGCCGUCGCGGCCCAGUGCCGAGCAGAGAGGACCCUGGGUCAAAAUGGAGGCCGAGCCCCCGCCCAAGGUUCCCCAGCGCACCUCCUCCAUCGCCACCGCCCUCAACACCAGCGGAGCCGGGGGCGGAAGCAGCGGGGUCGGGAUCCGGCCAGCCCAUGCCGUCCGAGCCAGCAACCCCGACCUACGAAGAAGCGACCCAGGCUGGGAGCGCACCGAUAGCCUGCUGCAGUCUGGGGGGGCCCACUUGCCACAGCCGGGGUCUCUAGAGCGCAACCGGGUCGGAGGCCCCUUGAAGCUGGACAGCUCUCCCAUCCUGCCCCAAGGGAACAAGGCCAAGGCCGCCGAAGACCACCGGUCCCGACCAGGGCGGCCAGCGAGCUAUAAGCGGGCCAUUGGCGAGAACUUUGUGCUGCUGAAGGAGCGCCCGGAGGAGUCGGCCCCAAAGCCCCUCAAGAAGGCCAUGGACUACUCCUCCUCCAGCGAGGAGCUGGACUCCAGCGAGGAGGAAGAGGAGGAGGAGGAGGAGCGCUCCGAGCCCGGGACGGACACGACGGGCACCCGGGACGGUGACACGGACUCCGUGAGCACGAUGGUGGUGCACGACGUGGAGGACCUGGCCGGGAGCAGCGGCGGUGGCGGAGGCAGCGGGGGCUCCGAGAGUUCGUACGGCGAGGGCACCAUGUUGGUGCAGCGGACCCCCGACGAAGAGCGCGGCCUCAUGCACAGCGACAGCAACGGCUACACCAACCUCCCGGACGUGGUCCAGCCCAGCCACUCCCCCACCGAGGCCAAGAGCAGCAGCAACGGCUCCUCCUCGCCCGCCAAGGACGCCGCCACCGACUACCAGUCACGCGGCCUGGUCAAGGCCCCCGGGAAGAGCUCCUUCACCAUGUUUGUGGACCUGGGCAUCUACCAGAGCUCCAUGGGCGGCGGAGACACCAUCCCCAUCACGGCCUUUGACGCAGGGCGGCUGGAGCAGCUGCAGCUGGAGGCCCGGAAGGGCUCCGUGGUCAACGUCAACCCCACCAACACCAGGCCGCACAGCGAUACGCCCGAGAUCCGCAAGUACAAGAAGCGCUUCAACUCAGAGAUCCUGUGCGCCGCGCUUUGGGGGGUCAACCUGCUGGUGGGGACGGAGAACGGCCUGAUGCUGCUGGACCGCAGUGGUCAGGGCAAGGUGUACAGCCUCAUCAACCGCCGGCGCUUCCAGCAGAUGGACGUCCUGGAGGGGCUCAACCUGCUGACCACCAUCUCCGGGAAGAGGAACAAGCUCCGCGUGUACUACCUCUCCUGGCUGCGCAACAAGAUCCUGCACAACGACCCCGAAGUGGAGAAGAAGCAGGGCUGGACCACGGUGGGAGACAUGGAGGGCUGCGUUCACUACCGUGUAGUGAAAUACGAGCGGAUCAAGUUCCUGGUCAUUGCGCUCAAGAACUCGGUGGAGGUGUACGCCUGGGCCCCGAAGCCCUACCACAAGUUCAUGGCCUUCAAGUCCUUUGCCGACCUUCCUCACCGGCCGCUGCUGGUGGAGCUGACCGUGGAGGAGGGCCAGCGGCUGAAGGUCAUCUACGGCUCCUGCGCCGGCUUCCACGCCAUCGACGUGGACUCAGGAAACAACUACGACAUCUACAUCCCAGUGCAUAUCCAGUCCCAGAUCACGCCGCACGCCAUCAUCUUCCUGCCCAACACGGACGGGAUGGAGGUGCUGCUGUGCUACGAGGACGAGGGCGUCUACGUCAACACCUACGGGCGCAUCAUCAAGGACGUGGUCCUGCAGUGGGGGGAGAUGCCCACCUCCGUCGCCUACAUCUGCUCCAACCAGAUCAUGGGCUGGGGAGAGAAAGCCAUUGAGAUCCGCUCAGUGGAGACGGGGCACCUGGACGGGGUCUUCAUGCACAAGCGGGCCCAGCGCCUCAAGUUCCUCUGCGAGCGCAACGACAAGGUCUUCUUUGCCUCGGUGCGUUCCGGGGGCAGCAGCCAGGUGUACUUCAUGACCCUGAACAGGAACUGCAUCAUGAACUGGUGAAGGGGGCGGGGCCUCGUGCAGCCCCUCCCCUCCCUCCCUGCCCCCUCCUCAAGGGAGGAGGAAGAAUUGGGGGGGGGGGGGCGGUGUCCCCUGCCUCUCUUUCCCUCGUCUGCCGUUUUGGGAAGAAGACACGGACCCCCCCCCCCCCCCAUGUGCCCGGCCUGCCUUGCUCUUCUUUCUUUGACCCCAAUUCAGGGCAUAUUUGGGGGGGGGGGGGACCCACGUGGGGAUGCAGAUGAUCCCUUGAUUGACAUUUUGGGGGGGGUGGGGGUGCUCUGAGGUCACAACCUUUCUCCCCCCCCCCCCCCCCAUCAUGAUCAUCAUCCCAGAAUGCCUCAGCAGGAGGAUCAAAGCCAAAUCAUGUAAAUAGAAAGGCAAAAUGACCUUUGUAUGACCCCCCCCCCCCCAAAAAAAAAAACAUCCUUCGAAUCCUGUAUCUCCUUGGCAGUAAGGGUCAUUGGGGAGGGGGCUGCCAUGGCGCUGCCUUCGGGGGAGGAUGGGAAGCCCCUCCCCUUUGAGGAGACCCCCCCUUCUUCCUCCUUGCCCCCCAAUUUUUAGCACAAUUCCCCCCAAUGGCACACCACGCUCAUCACGCAGCAAAGGCCCAGGCACAAAGCGUGGCUGGUGAUGAGUGCCCCCUACGCCCCCCCCCACAACACCCCUCCCCCGCUCCGUGGGCUUUGCAAACGCUCCGCCCCUCCCGUGCCCCCUCCCCAUGAGCAUGUGAUGCGCCCCCCCCUUUGCUCCCCCCGUCCCCCUCCCCAUUACGGCUCAUGGGGCGACGAUGUCUGUGGAUGUAUAUCAGAAUCAUUCUCCGCGCCCCCCCCCAAAAAACCCGUGCGCGGAGUUGUGUAUAUUUUGCUUUAUUGAUCAUUCUUUUUUGUAAUGGCCGUUUGGGAGUCAUUAACUAACAAAGCACUUUAAUGGCCCGGAGGGAGGGGGAGGGGGGGAGGGAGGGGGUGCAGGGGGGGGAGGGGAGCCAUCAGCACUUAAGCCUUGACCCCCGUCUGUGUCCGCGUCCCCCCCACAAGGGUCGGCGGGUGCAGCCGUGUUGGGGGGCACCCACCCCAUUGACCCCCACGAAGGGGGGCAGCCACGUGUCCCACCAUCUGCCCCGCCUUCUGUGGGGACCCCUCCCCUUCCACUGGGCGACUCGGUUUCUCGUGUCUUUUCUGCUUGCGUUUGUACAUAACUCUCUCUCUCUCUCUCUCUUUGCCCCCCGCCCCAAAAAGAAGGGAGCUGCCCCUCCAAACAAGGAACAUUCGCGGUGGCCUUGGCAUUUCAUCUGUUAAUAAAAAGAACCAAACCUCUCGCUUC